AUGCCCUUAAGCGAUUUCAACCAACUCAGUUUUGAGGCAGAAAUUGACAGUUGCUUCACAGAGCUGAAGAUGAACAUUAUUUCGCUGAAAGCUCUUGAUAUUACUAUUUUUCUUGACCUCAAGCUUUCCUUAGAAAUGCAAAAAUAUGCGAAAACAACAACACACUGUGACCUGUUGAUAACGCUCAAGUCGAAUCAGGAAGAACCGGAAAUGAAGCAAGUGGUUGCAUGGCUGGUCGAGAUAAUCAAAACUCACGAGCCUCAGCUAAAAAUCGAAAUUCGGCAUCACAACCUCAAGGAUUGCUAUGCUCUUUAUCUGACUGCCAGUUACAAAAGUUUAUUGAAAGGAGCCGAGCUGUGUCACAUAAAGAAGCUCGUGAAAAGCUGUUUUGGUGGUGGUCUUCGUGAGUUUUCGUUCGAGGAAGCCCAAUGCUUCACUGGCAUUGAAGUUCGAAACACAUUCCUUACGGAUGCCGAGCGAGCAAUCAUAGUGAAACAAAUGGUCGAUAUGAUACGAGCACCAAAUGGUGUACCUCGUUUAAUUUCGGCCGGUCUCAUCGAGAACGUACUGCCUUUGCACAACGCCGAAUUCCUAAAGCAUCUUCAGCACAAAUGGGUGCUGUCAGCAGGAGAACAACCGUUAGAGGAAAUACGUGAUUAUUUUGGCACCGAAAUCGCCAUGUACUUUUCAUGGCUUGGCCAUAUGACCACGGCCCUGUGGUUCCCAGCUCUGUUAGAACACAAAUUAUUAGGCACUACCGAGUUCCACAAUCUUCCCACGAAGCUGGAUGCUCUCACUCUGCUCAUUUUUUUUCAGCUGUUUUCGGACGUAUGCUUCGUAUGCUUUGCUUUCUUCAAUUGUGUCUGGUCAACUGCCUAUUUGGAAUCGUGGAAGCGGAAGCAAGCAGAAUUGGCAUUCAGAUGGGGAACAUACGACAGCAAUUGUGAUUCUUAUCUCCAGGAUCCAAGGCCUCAAUUUCGGGGCGAUUGCUUUGCACCGAAUCCUGUGUCAGGACGUAUGGAACCGUUCUAUCCAGCAUGGAAACACGCUUUGAUCAGAUACGGCAUCACCUACCCUCUCAGUUUUCUUUGUGUUGUCUGUAUGUUCAUCAUGAUGCUGGUUAUAUUUCAAAUGCAGGAUAUGGCCGAUUUCUACUUUGGAUCGAGUUUUCCACUUUCGUUGAUCUGCCAUCUCCCGAUGGUCAUCUACGCGCUGAUAAUCGUACUCAGCGACAAGCUCUAUCGACAUAUGGCUUUAUUUCUCAACGAUAUUGAAAACUACCGCACAGAUGACGAGUACGAAGACUUUUUAAUCAGUAAAAUCGUCAUUUUCCAAUUUGUCACUGCUUUCGGAUCGCUAUUCUAUAUCGCUUUCUAUCUAAAGGACAUGAAACGACUACAAGAGACUCUCGCAACACUGCUCAUUACUCGCCAGAUAACACAGAACGUCAUGGAAACGGCAGUACCGUUUCUUAUGGAGAAGAUGAAGCUCAGUCGUCUAACCUAUAAAAUGACAAAGUUUGCUGCUCUGCACUUCUGUUACCUGACUGGUGAUAGGGUCUUAGUUUUCAGGUGCAUGAGCGACGGGACCCUUCGAAGACAUGUCGAAGAAGUGCGGCGUAAGAAUGUUUCGGAUAGUAAGGUGAAUGGAUAUGACGAUUAA